AUGUCUGACCCGAAGGAGCCAGCAGAGGGAGCGGAAGAGCAGCCCAAGCCUGUGCAGCUGAGCGAUGUAGUGAGGGCCCUGGACUUUGACUGGGAUGACAGAAGCUCAGAGGAUUUUGGGACUGACGCCCACAAGGAACGAGCAGAUAGCGGCUUGUCUGCCAGCACCAGCGAAACCAGCAAUAUUGGCAGGGUGGAUGAUCGCUGGUACAGCUUAUCCCCGCACUUCAUGGACUCCAAGCUGCCGGAGUGGAAGCAAUGGCGCCUGCGCAACAGGUCACCCCCAGAGGACCAGCCACUUAGCGAAGCCUUCACGGAGCGGUUGGAGGCGCUCAGGAGAUACAAGGAGGAGUGGGGGGACUGCCUGGUGCCGCGGCGGUAUUGGGGGGACUGGCGGCUAGGCGAGUGGGUCGCCGACGCGCGGCAGGCCUACAAAGAGAAACGGCUCACGUGCGCGCAGGUCACUGCGCUCGAGGCCCUCGGCUUCCCCUGGAAGGUCCCCCAGCAAGUGGCCGAGUGGGAGUACAUGCUGCACGAGCUGCGGCGGUUCAGGAUCGAAUUUCAAAUGGAUGCGCCGCCGUUCAAGUGGCGGGACCCGAACGCAGAUUUCAGCAAUGCGCUGGCCAAGUGGUACCACCAACAGCCGGACAGGUUCAAGCAGCGCCUGCUGUCACCCUCCCAGGUGCGCAAGCUGAAGCAGGCUGGCUACGACCUGCGCGCGGCGACCGGGGAUGACAUCAGCGAGGAUGACUAUGCUAAGGAGCACAAUGGGGCGCAGGAGGACACUACGGACUUUGAGUUUGAGACGAUGUACAAGGAGCUCAAAGCCUGGCGCGACAAGUAUGCCACCACCAUCGUGCCAAAACAGGUGUUUGAUGCGCCGCUGCUGGGGGCUUGGGUUCACCGAAUGCGCAAGGUGCACAAGGAGGGGCGGCUGCCAGGCUGGCAGGUCGCCAAAUUAGACGAGCUAAUAUUCGCAUGGAAGAUGGAGCAGCAGAGCGCCAAGUGGCACCACAACCUCCACGAAACCCGCCGCUUCAAGGAGGUGCACGGGCAUGCGCUUAUUCCUGCGGGCUACACAAAUGCGAAGGAGCCCGGCUGGAUGGAGGCCAGCCGCUGGGUGACGCGCAACGCCAAGCUCUUCUCCAAGGGCAAGCUCACCGACAAGCGCUACCAGCUCAUCCGCGACAUUCUUGGCAUCAAGUUUGUGAAGAAGAUUGGGGGGCCCAACAGGAGGGGGGUGGGCCGGGAGAUCCCCUCAGAUGCCAGGCCGCUUGGGCCCUGGAACAUGAAAGCUAUGAGGAACCCCGCUGGGGGACCGCGGAGGCUGGAGGGGCACGUGAGAAAGAAGGUGGCAGCGACUUACUAA